UUAAUCAUGUCUGACAUUGUAGCUGUGCCCUCCAUAACUAUCACAGAUCGACCUGCUAAAGGUGCUGAGAUGGAAUACUCAGAGGAUGAUAAGAAAAAAAAGCUUGGCUCUUUCAAGAAGGUAGCAAUCAGUGCAUCUUCAAAGUUCAAGCAUUCCUUGCAAAAGAAGGGGAGAAGGCAUAGCAGAGUUAUGUCUAUUGCUAUUGAGGAUGAAGUUGAUGCAGAAGAGUUGCAAUCAGUUGAUGCUUUUCGCCAAACACUCAUCUUAGAAGAACUAUUACCCUCAAAGCAUGAUGAUCAUCAUAUGAUGUUAAGAUUCUUGAGAGCAAGAAAAUAUGAAAUCGAGAAAACAAAACAAAUGUGGGCAGAUAUGCUUCAGUGGAGGAGGGAGUUUGGUGCUGACACAAUUCUGGAGGAUUUUGAAUUCAAGGAGUUAGAAGAAGUCCUAAAAUACUACCCACAAGGGCAUCAUGGAGUUGAUAAGCAAGGGCAACCUGUUUACAUAGAAAGGUUGGGUCAGGUUGACUCUAACAAGCUGUUGCAAGUCACAACUUUGGAUCGCUAUCUUAAGUACCAUGUGAGAGAGUUUGAGAGGACAUUCGCUGUUAAGUUCCCUGCUUGUUCCAUUGCAGCCAAGAAACACAUUGACCAAAGCACAACAAUCUUGGAUGUGCAAGGAGUGGGUCUAAAAAGUUUGAACAAAGCUGCAAGGGAUCUCAUCCAACGUCUUCAGAAGAUUGAUGGUGACAACUACCCUGAGACCUUAAACCGUAUGUUCAUCAUUAAUGCUGGUUCAGGAUUUAGGCUGUUGUGGAACACUGUCAAGUCAUUCCUUGAUCCUAAGACCACCGCCAAAAUCCAUGUCCUAGGUAACAAAUAUCAGAGCAAGUUACUUGAAAUCAUUGAUGCCAGUGAACUUCCAGAGUUCUUGGGUGGUACUUGUACCUGUGAAGACAAAGGUGGUUGCUUGCUUUCAGACAAGGGACCAUGGAAUGACCCAGAAAUCUUCAAGAUGGUUCAAAAUGGAGCAGGAAAAUGCAAGAGGAAAGCUUUAUCCGGGAUCGAAGUGAAAACCAUAAUUGAAGAUGAUACAGAAUGCCAAAAGGAAUGCGAUUCUUUUAAAGAAUCUGCAGCCGUGGAGGAUCCCUGUGCUGCUCCAGAAGUGGCAUUUGCCCCAGUGAAUUCAUCUUGGGAGAAAGCAGAACGAAAAGAUCAGUUAGCCCUUUCUAAAGAUUGUUUGUCUAGCAACAGUAAUUCUAAUAAGUUUAGAGUCCCAUUUACUGGUGGAAUCAUGUCAGUUCUUAUGGCAGUGAUAACAGUUAUCCGCCUGGCAAAGAAAGUGCCAAAAAAAAUCACUGGAACUGACUUGUUUGGUAACACAGCACAUUGUAAUGGCAACAAAAUGAAAGCACCUGCAAUUUGCAUGGAUGAUCAAAUGUCCAUGAUGAAGCGCAUGGUUGAACUAGAAGAGAAGGUGAAUAUCCUCUCUAAGAAACCUGACAUACCAGCUGAGAUGGAAGAAUUGCUGAAUAAGGCUCUUAGCAGAAUCAGUACGCUGGAACAAGAAUUGGUAAUUACCAAAAAGUCACUUGACGAUGCCCUUAUCCGACAAGUGGAGCUUCAAGGUCAAAUUGAUAAAAAGAAAAAGAAGAGAAUGUGCUUUCCCUCCUUACACAAGAUUUCGGGUUCGUGAUCGCAGUUCCGCUGGUAAGGCGUUGGGUGUCGAUUGCUGUCUGACCUCAAUCAAAUAUUAACAUUAGCAUGAGUUGUAUAUUCUUGGAGGCGUUCCUUUUAUCAGCCCCAUCAGAUCCUAUUACAUUCACCUUGUAUAAUUUCUCCUCUAUUCCAAUUAAAUAUUCUGUAUUUAGACAGUAGGACACUCUCUCACAAUUGUGUUUACGCAUAAAAGUAUAACUAUGUAACGAAAAUGAUCGCAAAGGCAAGAUUGUUAAAUUUUGAUAUUAUUAGAUCAUUGUUUUUCUCAAAAUGUACUUGCACUAACUAGUUGAACCAAAUGACAGGCGUUUUCGUCAGCUUAAUCCUCAGUUCCUGUUGUACUAAAGUCGUCCCUGUGAUGAAGUGAAGUUGGUUCCAACUGUCUGAGACACUCCACUUGCUAUUUGACUGACAAACGGAACUUCACUUCAACCAUCUACGACAGCACAAAAAGGUUACGCCAAACGAAUCCACAUAUUUACCGUAUUGUACCAUCAUUACCUUCUAAUUUGAGAAAUAAAAUUACCAUUGUUCGCGUGCCUUAUUUAUACGGGAUUUAACACGAAAUAUG